UGUUGUAGCGCUGCGUCCCGCACAGAGCAGCACAGCAUACAAGCACGGUGGACGGACGUUGGCAGACCAAGUCUCGGUCAGCUUCUUAGAAGAUAAACGUAAGUCAAAGUGAAUAAUGGCUCGUACCAAGCAGACCGCUCGUAAAUCCACGGGAGGGAAGGCGCCCAGGAAGCAGCUGGCCACAAAGGCCGCCAGGAAGAGUGCGCCAUCUACCGGUGGAGUCAAGAAGCCCCACAGAUACAGGCCUGGCACUGUUGCCCUGCGUGAGAUCCGUCGGUACCAGAAGUCCACCGAGCUGCUCAUCAGGAAGCUUCCUUUCCAGCGUCUGGUCAGGGAGAUUGCUCAGGAUUUCAAGACGGACCUGCGAUUCCAGAGCGCGGCUAUUGGAGCCCUGCAGGAGGCCAGCGAGGCUUACUUGGUGGGUCUGUUUGAGGACACCAACCUGUGUGCCAUCCACGCCAAGAGGGUGACAAUCAUGCCCAAGGACAUCCAACUGGCCAGGCGAAUCAGGGGGGAGCGUGCUUAACUUUUUUUUUUUUUUUUUUUUUUUUUUUAUUAGGAUGGGUUUUGGGGAGUGGGUUGGGUUAGUAAAACCUGGUUUUGUAAAUUGUGAACCAUUAUCAGAAUGUGUAGCUCCCAGUGUCACAUUUUUAUCUUUUUACUUUCACUCUGUCAUUCACUAGUAGUGCUUCAUGUUCAUAUGACAAACUCAUUUCUCUCUGCCUUUCUCAGGGCGAUUUAUCUUCUGACGUUUUGUAAUCCUGUGUGCAUGCCAUGGGAUCUCCUCCUGUAAAUAAACUUUCCACUACCUCAA